AUGGACCUCCAAAACCAAUUGAUAUGCGACUGGAGACAGUUUUUUUCCAAUCAGCCACCAGUGGGGUUUGAUACCAGUGCAAACCAUCAUCGUCUCUUCAGUGAGUUGAGAGGCAGCCCUGUCAGGCUGGAAGGCAAUUCAGAUCCAUACCGCAGCAUAUGGAAGGACGCUGAGCAGGAAAGAGUCAAGAGAUGUAACAAUCGCUCAUUUGCCAUUGACGCUAGAAUUAGACUGGAUAAUUUGAAGUCAGGUUGUAAUUCACCCUUGCCUUGUGGUGACACGGAUAUGAUGUUGUACAACUAUAACGUUCAAAAAGACAUCUGGGACAGGGAAGAGUCAGGGGAGGAAGAGUCAGAGGAGGAAGAGUCUGAGGAGGAAGAGUCUGAGGAGGAAGAGUCUGAGGAGGAAGAGUCUGCUUUGGACUCGGUGGAGCUCCUUGAUGUAGAGGACGAUGAGCAGGAUGAAGAGAGCUGUAUUCCUCACAGGUUAUACGAGUCUCCAAAGAAGCAGGUGUUUGUGGAGAGAAGUGAGUCCGCUUUCCGAUGGUGUCGACACGUCCUGGAUAACCCGAGUCCUGAGAUGGAGGCGGCAUGUCGCUCACUGAAAAAUAGGCUGGACCAAAGAUCAAGCAGUCAUUUCUACAGAAGUCCUGCAGUUUUCCAUCAUAAUGUGAGCUCUACAGAAACAUCUGUGAGGACAACUCACACUAUCUCUGAUGGUUCAGAUAAUGAGCUGAGGAUCUCCCAUGACGCCAUAACAACAAGCUACAGACUGCAGGACAUCACAGAUGUCCACAUUAUAGCUCGUAUACAGGAAGCCAGUUUAAGACAGGACUAUGUGUCGACGCCUGCCAGGAGAAGUUCUGAGUCCUCACCUGGUCUAUCGGCAAUGAGCUCUUUCCCUUGCCGGUCACCAACAUCAGGAGCUGAGCAGGGCUGCCAAAGUCCAAAACUGGCCAGACUUCACCAGCAAGUCACCCAGUUCAAGCUGCUGAAACUCGCUCAGAAUCAAGCAACAUCACCAGGCAGGACCAGGUCUCCUCGGGGGACCAGCCUCCGCUCCCUCCAGGCUGUUAGAAACAGCCGAAGUCUAGACACUGAAGACGGCCAAUCUGCUGACCAAAUCCCUUACCCACCAUCAGUGCCCGUGAACCCCAACAGCUCGUUGCACUCAGUGAGAGACUCCGCAGACAGGAUGACGGCCGUGAAGAGAUUGGUGAGGUCUCAGUCUCUCAGCCCCUGCAGGAUCCCUCACCCUGCUAAGGGGUACCUGUCUGUUCACGGACGUGUUUUUGCCUCACCUGACAGGUCCACCAGCAAAGCUUGGGGCAGAAAUGUUACUCCCACUCGAAGGUGA